AUGGAAGACGCGCUUGAAAGGGUUAGGGUGGUCCCGCGACAGGAAGACGCCGAGCCCGACGUCGACCAGGCCCAACGCCGCCUCAACCCUAUUUUGGUCAUCUUGGUACUAGUGAGCAUCUUACUCUUUCUAGUACUAUUUAUCUGGUUCAAAGUCAGCAGUCGUGAGUGGUACCACUCAACGACGACGUCGCACAGUGCUACAGAACAAGUUACCCGACCUAUAGUUGAAGUCAUCCGGGAACGACGAACAUGCAACCGUCCACGAUGUAGAGCUAUGGGUCACGCACUCACGUACGGUCUCAAUCACACCGUCCCGCCUUGCAGCAGCGUCUGGGAUCAUGCGUGUACCGGAUGGAUCACAGCUCCUGAACCGGUAUACCGGAAAGUGAUCCUUGGUUCGGCAAACCUCUACAUCGAGGACAUGUACAAAGACAUGGAAGAAAAACUUCUGCAGAUGAACGUGGCAACUCUUACUCCGAACCCGAUGCAGAAGGCUUCUUUCUUCUACCAGAGCUGCACUCGGCACAGAAUGCAAGGGAAAGAUGGAAUGGAUGAAUUAAGAUCAUUGUUCCAAAGGUACUCUCUGAGAGGCUGGCCGUAUGAAUCAUCGGCUGAUAACAUAAUUAGCACAGUACUUCCCAGGUACCUACACGACACGCAGGACAGCGCAAUCUUAGAUGUACAUAGUGCGAACUCCGCGCCAACAAUGUCCACCAUGGAAUCGCAGCUCAGGAGUAACAGGACAGUCUACCUCGCUUUGGAUUGCCCUUCAUUCCCCAUGCCUGGAUACGUACACACACGCACGAAAAUGGGCCCAAUGAGAAACCGCUACUUCACCUACAUGAAGGAUGCCAUCACCAGUUACUCCGCGCAUGUUGGCACUACUACCUUAGCAGGAAUAUUUGCCUUCGAGAGAAACCAGGCUUUCGUGGUUCGAAAGCACUGCUACAGGAGGAGAUUGAAGCGUGUUACUGUGGCCGAUUUGACUAACGACAUCCCAGGUGUCGACUGGACCACAUUUCUAAACGACAUAGUUGGACGUCGAUCAUCCUUCAAAGUUUUUCAAGGGACGGUAAUUCUAAUUCGCUCGAAGAAAUAUCUUCGCUACGUGGCAAGUUUGAGGCAAGGAACCAAGAACGUGCGUGCUGUAAACUACAUCGGUUGGCGUUUGCUGCAUCUUUUUGGGCGACACGCGUCGAGAGAACUGCUAUGGUCCGAGGACAUGUUUAGAGAUGACGUCGACAUCAACGUGCACCAAGUGCAAGGCUUUGCUAAGGAAUGUCUCAUGUUGACCAACGAUGUGAUGCCCAUGGCUGUCGGUAGAGUGUUCGUUGAGACUCUCACCGGAGUUAGGACAUUCUUUAAAGUCGAACGAAUGAUACAAAGCAUACUCUUUGGAUUCAAACACAUGCUUUCGGAGGCAUCUUGGAUUGUUAAUGAUGAGCUCCAAGCCGCCUACGCCCGUAUCGAUGCCAUCCGAACAAUAGUCAGCAUUCCACCUUGGAUUGAGAACGAUGUUCUUCUCACAGAGUACUACAAUGAUCUGGCCAUGGAUCCAUGCAACGUGACAUUCUUCGGGCUGCUGGUGAACGCCACAGCGCACACUGCCCAGAAACGAUUUAUGUCCCUUGACAUCCAAGAGGCCAUUAUAUCGGGAACGGAUGAAGAGAGGAAGAAAGCCCAAGAAAGGGCCGGCAUCAGCAUCAAGCACCUCCACUCCAUCUUUCCAGCCAGGAUAGUAGAUCUGAACCUACAUAGAUAUAACCCGCGCCAAUCCCUUCUGUAUGACGUUGUCGACAACGUCAUUCUACUACCCGCUCGCAUAUUGCAGCCACCGUAUUACGAUCCGGACGUCCCGUACGCAUUAAACUACGGCGGACUGGGCGUACUUCUGCUGCACGACAUUGUCACGGAGUUCUUCCGUUUUUAUUUCAACAUUGCCAACAACAACUGGAGGGUAAAGCUGAAAUGCAUCAACAGCGGAGUAUACACCGAGAAGGAGGACAGCACCGGCGAAGCUUCUCAAAGACGGGACGUGUUUACUGUCGCUUUCACUAUGAUGAUAGUUCGCGCUGCGUACCGCGCGUACCAUUACUACAUGGAUGCAAAGGACGAUCAAGUCAUCCCAGGAGUCUGGCCAGAAGCUAAUCCCCACCAAAUAUUCUUUCUCUCCGCAGUGAGAAGUGUGUGUUCCCUAACGCGCGACAGACUCUGGGCGCGGCUCAUGCAGCCAGACAUGACCAAGUCGCAAAUACCGCUUCUGGAGAAGAUAAAGCACUCCUUUCAAGGUUUACCAGAGCUCCACUACGCCUUUCACUGUAGCAGGAAUAAAAAAGAUGAGUUCUACGCAUGUAUGGAGGAUAAACACGUCAUGGAGGAAUCGCCAGCCACCUGA